AUGGUAGCGGUCUCUCAAUCUCACGAGCUCGAUCAAGACGCCCACCACUUUCUGCGAUCCCUCGAGCUAGAUGAGGAAAUUACUUUGCUCCACGGCGAUAUCUGCCGUUUGAAUGAUUUAAGUGACGUUCUCUCUUCGGCAAACCGGGGCCAGCUCACUUUCGACGUCAUCUUUGCUCGGAAUGUUCUCGAUCCCAUCCCUGUUGACCUACGUGCGGCAACGCUUCUACAUUGGGCAACCUACCUUACCCCAGGCAGCGGCCGCAUAGUUGUCACGUUUUCGCCAGGAGCCGAUACUUGGGUCGAAAUUGCAGGGUUGCUGAUCAUCAAUGGAAAAGGCAAAGCCCGGUUGGGUUUUCGAUGUAUGGAUGAAACAGAAUGGACGCGUGGAGAAGAAGCUUUCGGUGCUAUUGCCUCUGCAGCAAAUCUCUAUCUUGCAGAAAUGCAGCGAGUUGGUUUCGAUGGAUCAGAUGCGUAUGAGGAGUGGGAGGGUUGGGAUCCCGUUCUCAAGGAUUGUGUUCAGCUCCACUAUCAAGAAUUCUCCGAACGAAACGAUUUGAAGCCAGCGUGGACAGAUCAGGCCGGAGGAUUCUCUCCUCUUUUUAAGGCGAUGGUUCUCAAGUCGAUGAUGCCAUUCUUGAAGUCUGAUCUCAUAGCGGCAUUUGGCGGAGAGGAUGAGGGAUUCAAGUUGGAUGUGCAGCCAUGUGCGGUCACCUUUGCGGGCGUAAUAUCUUGA